AAGCCCUAUUCACUCAACUCAUGAUCAAAAGGGGGUGGACUGUUCCUUUAACUUAUCUUAGGAAACUGACGGCUGCUGGGAGAAAAUGAAACCGAAAGGAGAGGAGAAGUAAUAUAAUUAGUUAUUUGCACUGAGCAAGAAACAGAGUGAAGAGCGAGGGACCUGGAACAGAGCCACCCAGCGUUACCGCUCAGCACCCACCCUAUCUAUUGCCUCAACAUCCCAGGGGGAUCCCAUCCCUGGCCUGGACUCCUACAGGUUCUUCUAGAAGAUCUCCCUCGGCCCCAGAGAAUGAAAUGUGAGGAGUGCGGCCACGAGCCCAAAGAAUCGGCGCCAAAUUUCUGCAGUAAUUGUUCCCAUCCCUUGGUUCCUGCUGCCGCCACUGUGGGGGUUCAAAGCAGAUCAGAAAAUGAAGGAACCAAACCAGCUGUUGCUUUGGAGGCCAAAUCAGAGCCUGAAGAAGCCCCAAUCAUGGAGAUCUCCAGCCCUGCUGUCCCGGACACCAGUAAGAAGAGGAAAAGGAGUUCCGGAAAUCAAAGAGAAGAACCGAGUAAACCCCGCCCACCUAACGGGGGGAACCUUGUGACAGGCGGAGCCACGCGACUUGGGGAUCCAGCAGAUCUGAUUUCUGUCUACUUCCAUGUCCUCGUUUCCAAAGACUUUAAACUCAGUCCAGAAGAAGCCGUGAUAGUGAGAGCCGGCAGGAUGGAAGGGUACACAGACUGGAAGGACACGGUGUGCCACUUGGAUUGUUCGGGGGACUACAAGGAUAAUCUGCUGUAUGAAGGCCGCACUGAGAUUUCCAAGAAGAACCUGGAUAAAAACAUUCCAUACAAGUACGUCAUUUGUCAUGGAAAGAAAGAGGAAUAUGAGUACAUUUACAAGAGUGACAGUAAAGAUGGCGUCAUUGUGAAUCGCUGCCUCUACAUUCCAUCAAACCUUAUCAACCAGAGAGAAUGGCACCAAUAUGACGGUAUGUGUAUGAAGAAAGACAAAGGAUACAUUAGUUCAAUGUUUAAAUACUUGAUAGGAUGGAACAAGUCUAUCUUGGAAGGGAAGAAAACGGCAGGAAAUAUCAUGUUGGAUGGAAUCUUUAGUCUUCUCACUGCCUGUGACUCCAAGAACUUGUCGAGUUUUCUAAAUCAACUCCAUCAGCUUCAUUAUGUUUCAUCUCGCUCAAUGGUGUUUGAAGAUAAAGCCACAGCCUGGAAGUCUCAUGGGUUUGGAGAAGAGCUGAAUAGUCUAAUAAUGGAAAAGCUCUGCCAACAUUUCAUCAAUAAGAAUUUAGCGGCAGCAGAGGAUGCCAUUAUAAAAGACAGGCUGGUGGCUGGAUUGCUCUGCGCCAAACUGAUAGAAACCUACACACUUCCCGCUGACAAGGAUUCCCUUGUAAAGAUCUGCAGGCUCCUCUCUUUGGAGCAGAUGAUUAAUAAAAAACAGCCCUUCCAACUAGAAGAACUGAGAAGAGUCUUCUCAUUAUCAGAGGGAAUUGAACGUUCCCUGAAACAAUUCUGCCUCAGAUGCAUUGAUAGUGAAAUUAAAGACUGGGUUGAUAUACUGCCUGUUUAUCACGCAUUAAAUGCUCCGGCUAAUGCAGAGGAUUCCACACAACUGAAGCCAGAAGAAAACUGGGCAGGUUUGGACGGACUCCCAUAUCAAACAUUUGUGAUAUCGUCUCCGUUUUACAACAGUAAUGUCCUUACACACAUGAGGCGGGAGGAGAGUUUGCAGCCGGCAGGCAGAACCUUGCUCAGAUCUUGGCUGUGCCUUGUCCCACUGGAGAACCUGUUGAUGUUUUUGGAGAAAAUUCCCACCGAUUUCCGAGAUGCUUUUACCGCCUCCUGGUACAAGAUUCAAAAUCGAUCCUCGAGUAGCAAAAAUGAGCAUAUCAACAAUGUUCUAGACAAACUUUUGAAAAUGGCAGAAGAACUGGAUCAGAGGUCACUACAGGAGGAAUCGUCAUACUUGUGUGAUCUCACUUUAAAGCUUCACCAUUUAAUCUGCACUCAAAAGGGGCUGAAUAGAAACACUGAGCUCCAGGUCCUGUCUCUCAAGAUCACGUUAAAGCUUCUUGGAGCCGCGGAGAAACAGGCGAGUGAGCCGACUGAAGAGGAUGAGACCAGUUCCUGUGGGGGGCAGAGCAGUUUACACAAAGCUGUUGAGAUGACUAAAAAAUGGCUACAGGACGUCUAUGGACAUAAAUUUAAACGUUAUGGAUAUUCAACAUUGAAGGAAGAGCUUGAGGUCUGGAAUAGUCUUCUAAAGAUUCAUGAAGCAGAGGCUCACAAGUGGAAAGAACUGCUCCUCUUAGACCUGGCCAGAAAAAUCAAUCAGGAAAUUCCUUUGGAACAAAUAAAAAUCUACUGCAGAGAAUACUCUCUGCUACAAGACCUUCAUAUCUCCAUAAAGGAAUGCUUUGAGGAAUGCGCCAUUAAAGCUGUUUCAAAAUGUCACGACAGUGUUCUAAACCAAAUCCAAAUAGACAAUGUACAAACUGUUAGCAAGCUGGUAGCCACAAUAAUAAGGCAUUUCUGGCCAAGAGAUGAGAAGGGAAACCCAACUGAAAACCAUCAAGAGAUUUUGAAGCACAUGUUGCACUGGAAGGAUUUCAUUUGUAUAUUCAAACUCUACGAUCCUACCCAACCAAUGACCUCUCAGUUUGAAGAAGAGACAGGAAAGCUUGUUUCCCUGUCAGGUUCAGUUGUUACUGACACUGUUCGUAGCCUACUACACGGAGAUAUUCUAUAUGACCACCUUACAUUGGUUCUGGGCAGUAAGAAUCAGUUCUUGGACAUAUGCAGACUGAGAUUAAGCAGAGGAGGCACCACUAAGAUGGAGGAUGUUAAGAAGGUUCUGGACUGGAGGAACGAAGAACUAAAACAAGUGAAUGCGAAGAGAACCUGGUUGGAGAACUUGCUAAAUAUGUGCCACAACGUCAACAAGUCCAUCCGAGUGAACACUGAAGACAUUCAAAAAAUUCUUUCUGUGAAUCUGGAAUCACGAAGGUUAAGUGAUUUAUUAGCAGUUAAGACAGUGGGUGCUGCUGGACCUCCUCAAGACAAGGCGCCACUGUUUAACAGUCUCAGUUCCCCUUUAAUGUCAAUGGCCGAGAGUCUCCAUACCCAUGGACAAAACCAUGUUUUCCUCACUUUAUGGAACGAGACCAUCGAUUCCCUCCCAUUGGCUCAUCACCCUGACCAGAGUUUAGGAAAUGAAGAUCGGGAACUUGCUCUGUAUGAAAUGCUGGACUCCGUGUUCACUCCAUGUCUUGAUAAAUACACCAAGAUCUACAAGGACAUCAAGUCUGAAAAAGUGUCAUUUGAAGCUUUGGACAAAUUCUUGAACAUGUUUAGAAAUGGCUACAGAGCCCUGCAUAGUCAGCUACAAACCUUAUGCCAGUUGGAUCCAAAGGAUAAUGGUUCGUGGGUCAAUGGGCGAAUAAAGAAGAUCGAGCAGUACCAUCGGCUUUGUGAGGCCUUCGAAUCAGCCCAGAUUAUUGCUGAUGUGAAAAAUUACUGGAAACUUUCGGGAGAUUUCAAGACCCUGGAGACUCUGCACCAGUUUGGUCUUAGGUUCAACGAUUACAAGCAAAGCCCUUUAGCUUUCAUCACUGAAGGCAUUGUAAAGACAACAGAAGCUCUUCGUGAGAUAACGAAAGAACGCGCCGAGGCACUAAAGGAGGUUUUAAUGAGAAAGGAAUUUAUAAAGUGGGUCCAAAACUCACUGAAAGAUGUCAAUGAGCUGAAGGUGUUUGUGGAUCUGGCCUCCAUUUCUGCUGGUGAGAAUGACAUGGAUGUUGACCGCGUUGCUCAGUUCCAUGAUGCAGUUUUGGGCUACGCCCCCAUUUUGUAUGAACUCAAAACAGAAUUUGGAUUCAGUGAAUUAAUGUUGUGCUUGCAAAAACUCUGGAAAGCCCUGGAAAGUGACCCAAAUCUGCACAAAAAGCUGAGGGACUCUGCCCGUCACCUAGAGUGGCUGAAAACUGUAAAGGAAAGUCAUGGAUCUGUGGAACUCUCCUCGCUAUCUCUGGCUUCUGUUAUAAACCAAAGAGGCGUCUACAUCAUUCAAGAACCCCAAGACAACCAGAAGAUUACCCCAGACAGUGUCCUGAGACUAGAACUGCCCGAUGAAGAUCAGGAACAGCACCAGGUUCGCACCUAUAAUCUAGAAGAACUGAAGGAGCUGUUGAGCAAGCUCAUGCUUAUGUCUGGCAAAGGGGAGCAGGGCAAUGCUGAAGUUGAGAAGUUUUCGGAGAUGUUCUCCAAUGUUCAGAGACUUGUCAAGGCCUACAUUGACCUCUGCUUGUCUGGAGACAUUCUAUUCAAGACAUUGGAGGCCACUAUUUGUUGUUUAGAUGACAGUAACAUUGAAAUUAGGAUGGAAUUCAAAGCAACAGCUAUUGGGCGGGUAGAAGCAUUGGGAAAUAUUUCUGAACUGCUUCCCAAAAUCUGCCAAACAAUGGAAGACUUAUUAGAAAAAAGGCAAGUUUUUAUGGAUGAAAAACGGUUUCUCCAUUAUUUCUUAAAUUACUACACAGCAGAGCAGCUGGUCUUCCUUAGCCAGCAGAUUCAGAAGCCUGAUGUUAGUGAAGAGCUGCUUGUUAUGUUAUCUUUUAUCAAGCCCGAGUGUACAAAAGCUGAUACCCAGGAUGCUUUAUUGGCUGCACGGAGGAAAGGUUCAUUAAAGCUUGUGACUUCUAAAAAUUCUGCUUUGAUUGACUUUAAAAAAUCGACUGAUGUGCAAGAGAAACUACAGAUUGCUUGGAAAUACUCCAUGGACUGCAUGAACAAUUUGUUUCCGGGAUGCCUGGAUAUAGAUACACUUGGAAUGUGCUUAACUGAACUGGCAAAAAAGGAAAGGAGGCCAGUGACCAGAAGUCUCCAUCCCAGUCUGAAGCCUGGAUGUCCCAAUUUGGUACUCUGUGCAUCAUCAGAGAUUCUACCUUCGGCUCUGGCUGUAUAUAUGCAGAAUCUAAACCAGCCACUUCCAUCUUACGAUGAAGUGCUUCUCUGCUCACCUCAAACUACUUACGAGGAGGUGGCAUUAUUUUUGAGAAGAUGCUUCACACCGGGCUACAGCGGGAAGAAGAUUUACAGUUUGCUGUAUGCAGACGAGCUUAGCUACGAUACAGCCUAUAGAGCUGAACAGCUGUUUUACCAACUGCAAGCAAGAAACGGCCUCGACUACUACCUUGCCAUCAUCUGCAACCGGCAGAGAGAUCAUUCCUAUAUACCAUCUACCUUUAGCCAAUACAAAGUGCAAGUUAUCCCUCAAAAACAUUUUCUGGAAGUUCAAAAAUACUUAUUGCAGCAUUUUACUAUCGGACCAAAUGAAGUCUCAGCUGCCUCAGUAUUUAAAAGAGGUGUGAGUGUCGGAAUAGUGACCUCCAAACGGGCAGGAGUUGGAAAGUCGCUCUAUGUAAAGAGACUAUAUGAAAAGCUGAAAUUGGAAUUUCCGAAUGAAAAGCCUCUACGCAAAAUCAUCCGAUUGUUUGAGCCCCAAGUGGAUGAGAACAAAGUUCUGCAGAAGCUUCUUCCAAUUCUAAACAAGGAACACAAAAACAUUCCCAUAAUAUUUCAUAUCGACGUCGCUUCUUCUGUUAAAAGUGGAAUUUCACAAUUUCUGUUCAAACUUUUGAUUCUCCGAUAUCUAAAAGAUGAGAAGGGGAGAAUGUGGAAGCGCCAGGCUUGUCAGCUUUACCUUAUUGAGAUCUUAGAAUCUUCUUGUGAAAUUUCUGAGAAACAGAGGAGACCUGCACCUCAAGUGAUGCAGAACAUUUUUAUGGACUUUUUCCCUAAAAUAUCCUGCUGUUCUCCAAAUGAGGUGCUGACGAAAAUCAUGGAAAAUCAGACUGGACAAAAUGAAGAUCCGGGAAUGGACAAGAAGGAAUUUGAGAGUGAAUGUUUUCAGCGGCCUUUUCAGUAUUUGAUACGUUACCAAGGGAAACAAAGUCUGGAUACAUUUAAAUACACGGAAGGUUCAGUAGAAGGAAAUGAGGCAAGAUGUUUGCAGUUGUUCCUUUUGCACUGUGGGGUUAUGGACCCAUCAUGGGCAGAACUUCGGAACUUUGCAUGGUUCUUAAACCUUCAGUUGAAAGAUAGUGAGAAUUCUGUGUUCUGCCAGCCGGAAAUGGUUGCAGAUGGAUUCAAAAAUUUUGUUGUUGACCUCAUGAUAUUGAUGGCAAAAGAUUUUGCAACCCCUUCAUUACAGAUUACAGAUGAAAGUCCAGGCAGACAAACUUAUGAAGACGACUGUGAAAAUAGAGACCUUUCUCCAUUCCAGAUACGUAAGAAAUGGGAGUCGGAGCCACACCCCUACAUUUUCUUCAAUGAUGACCAUGUGACCAUGACAUUUAUUGGUUUCCAUUUGUGUCUAAACAGCACUGGGAAUGUUGAUGCUAUCAACCCUAGAGAUAAAAGCAUUAUAAAGAAAAAUAUUAUGACGGGACAACUUUACCAAGAGUUACAGAUUCAGAGAGUUCCCUUCAAUAUCGACUUUGAUACCCUACCGAGGGAGGAGAAGAUUAUUAUCUUAUCCAGAGUUUUGGGAAUAAAUAAACCACAGGAUCCAGAUGAAACGUAUGAGCUGACUAUGGAUAACACACUGAAGAUUCUGGCUGUUACAAUGAGGUUCCGAUGUGGAAUUCCGGUUGUCAUUAUGGGAGAAACAGGGUGUGGGAAAACCAGACUCAUCAAGUUUCUUUGCAAAUUAUGGAAAGGGACUCUGAAUGCAGAAAAUAUGAAACUUGUAAAGGUUCAUGGUGGUACAAGUGCUGAGAGUAUCUACAAAAAUGUGCUGGAGACACAAACCAUUGCCCUCGCUAACAAACAAAACAAAUGUGAUACAGUGCUGUUUUUUGAUGAAGCAAACACAACUCAAGCCAUAAGCAGUAUCAAAGAGGUCCUGUGCGACCACACUGCAGAUGGCAUGCCUUUAAUCGACAACUCGGGUCUACAAGUCAUCGCUGCAUGUAACCCCUACAGGAGGCACACAGAAGAAAUGAUCACCCGACUGGAAUCUGCUGGUUUAGGGUACAGAGUAAAAGCCGACGAAACUAAUGAACGACUUGGGUCCAUUCCGUUAAGACAGUUAGUUUAUCGUGUCCAUCCAUUGCCUCCGAGUAUAAUGCCGCUAGUUUGGGAUUUUGGCCAACUAAAUAAUGAAAGUGAAAAGAAAUACAUUCAACAGAUAGUACAGCAUUUGGCAAAUGAGAUCAGAAUGGAUCAGAGUGAUAUACAGCUAUUGACCAAUGUGCUUUCGGCUUCUCAGUUGUAUAUGAGAAAUAGAAGUGAUGAAUGCAGCUUUGUAAGCCUCCGAGAUGUUGAACGUUGUGUAGAAGUGUUUAAAUGGUUCUACCGCAAUAGUGACCUAUUGCAGGUGAAUAUGGAAAAGAUGCCUUCCAAACCACCUAAGAGGUAUGAAAUACAUAGUAAAAUUGCAUGGUCUCUUGUUCUGGCCAUUGGGGUAUGUUACCAUGCCUCAUUAGAGAAGAAAGAUGCUUACAGGAGGGCAAUUUGCCAAUAUUUUCCUCAACCGUACAGACAACAAACAAGGAUCCUAGAGGCAAUAACAGGUAUCCAGGACCUCUUCUUGGACUGUGUACACCUAAGAGGCAACAUUGCCAAGAAUCUUGCUUUGAAGGAAAAUCUAUUUAUGAUGGUGAUUUGCAUUGAACUCAGGAUCCCGUUAUUUCUUGUUGGGAAACCUGGAAGCUCGAAAUCCCUUUCAAAGACCAUAGUUGCUGAUGCUAUGCAAGGCCAAGCAUCGCACACAGAACUGUACAAGCAUCUUAAGCAAAUCCACCUUGUGUCUUUCCAAUGUAGUCCUCACUCAACUCCAGAAGGCAUAAUUGGAACUUUUAGGCACUGUGCCCGUUUCCAGAAAGACAAGAACCUACAUGAGUAUGCAUCUGUGGUGGUGCUAGAUGAAAUAGGGCUGGCAGAGGAUUCUCCCAAAAUGCCCUUGAAAACGUUGCACCCGUUGUUGGAAGAUGGUUGCAUAGAUGAUGAGACAUCACCUUACAAAAAAGUUGGCUUCAUAGGAAUUUCUAACUGGGCACUAGAUCCUGCAAAAAUGAAUAGAGGCAUAUUUGUAUCCCGUGGAGACCCUGAUCAGAAUGAGCUCAUUGAAAGUGCAAAGGGAAUCUGCUCAUCUGAUGACUUGAUCCUCAAGGAAAUUAAUCUUUUCAAAAGAUUUUCCGAUGCAUAUCUAACACUGUGUGAAAUGCAAGAUAAAGAAUUUUUUGGUUUGCGUGAUUUUUACAGUUUGAUAAAAAUGGUGUUUGCCCAUCAGAAGCACUCGAAAAACAAGCCAACGCCGCUUGAGAUUGCCACGGCAAUACUGAGGAAUUUCAGUGGGAAGGAUGACUUGGAUGUCUUGAGUUUUUUUAUGUCAAAUCAAAAAGCAAACACAUAUAGGGAGGAAAUAAAGAUAAUGGAUUUGGUAAUGGAGAACCUAAAAAAUGACAGUUAUGAUGUAGAGUCGCGAUACCUGCUGUUGUUAACUAGAAACUACGCAGCACUACAGAUUCUCCAGCAAACAUUGGCUAAAGAAAACCAACAUCCUGAGAUUAUCUUUGGGUCCAGCUUUCCAAAAGACCAAGAAUAUACUCAGAUCUGCCGAAACAUCAACCGUGUUAAAAUCUGUAUGGAAACAGGACAGACAGUUGUCCUUCUUAAUCUCCAAAAUCUUUACGAGAGUCUCUACGAUGCAUUAAAUCAAUAUUAUGUCUAUCUAGCUGGCCAGAAAUAUGUUGACUUGGGUCUAGGUACACAUCGAGUGAAAUGCAGGGUCCACCCACAGUUUAGACUGAUAGUCAUUGAAGAGAAAGAAAUUGUAUAUAGAGAAUUCCCAAUUCCUCUUAUUAACAGACUUGAGAAACAUUAUCUGGACCUUAACACAGUUCUAGAGAGGGGGCAAAGAGUAACUGUAAAGGAAUUGAAUGACUGGGUUCAAGAUUUCACUGCAGGAGACAGAGAUCAAGUUAUUGGGCAGAAACAGGACUAUCAACCUGCAGAUGUCCUCAUUGGUUACCACUCCGACACCUGUGCAUCAGUGUUGUUACAAAUAACAGGAAAACUGAAAGAAGAAUACUGUGAUAGUGACCUAGAAGUAGCAGAAGUGAAAGAGGAGGCAAAGGCUGCUUUGCUGAACUGUGCAACACCCGAUGCCGUCAUUCGACUGGGCAGAAACGAGUUGGUCGAUGAGUACUUCAACAAACAGAAGCAUGGGUCUCUAGUUGACUUUGUUAAGAGCCACAUUCAUUCAGGAUCCAAACAUCAAACUGUAUUUACAGAGAUCACCACAUUCUCACGACUUUUGAUGUCAACCGACAAAAGGAUUUUGGAAGCCGAAACAAAGGACGACGUAGAAAGUGUGGAGGUUCUGUCAUUGCAACAGUUUGAUACGGAACAUUCUUUCCUGAAAAAAAUCAAGAGUUUUCUCAACGGAUCCACUGGCAAUAAAAUACUGAUCAUACAGACAGACUUCGAGGAUGGAUCUCAAGGAGCCCAUUUAGUUGCUUCAGCCAAGUACUGCACUGUAAAUGAAAUAAACAGCUUCAAGAAAGCCAACCUUGAGAAGACUUCAACCUUCGUCUACUUUAUAACUAAACUUCCCAGGGUACAAGGGGGGUCAUCCUAUGUGGGAUUCCAUGGAGGACUUUGGCAAUCUGUUCAUAUUGAUGACUUAAGGGAACCAAGUGACAAGUUGCCAGAUGUUACUGCCCUUCAAAAUACAACAAUAAGCCAGUUAUUCUAUGGAGCUGAAUCACAAUUGAGAGAGACUGAUGAAAUGGAAGUUGACACAAACGUUAGUCAGGACACGAUGGAAGACAUGGAAUGUGACACCGACGCCAGUCAGGACAUUAGCGAUGAAAUAGAAUGUGACACAGGCGCCGGGCAGGACAUUAAGCAGAAGCAAAUACCAGAGGUGCUAAACACCACCUUUCUCAUUCGGAGCUGCGUUCAGAGCGCAGUGGGUAUGAUUACGGAUGAAGAGCACAUUCCGAGCCGCAGCACAAGGAGGAUUGAAAUACUAGUUAAUCUACUGAGCACUGAGGAUGAACUGAGAGCUUCCCUUCUACAAAUACUGAAAGUUCAUCUUUAUGAAACUCUGAAGAAUAAGGAAAAGGAUUCGUACAACCCAAAUGAGUGGCUCGUAAGGGCUGCCUUUAACCUUCAUGCACUACAGGAAGCCGGCACAUUCAGAUAUUCCCUUUGGAAACGUAUUCAAGCUGCCGUGACCCCAAUAUUCGCUCAUCUCAUUUGGCUGAUGGACUGCGAUGCCAACCUGGAGAUCCUGGUGAACCCACAAACUGAGGACUUUCUGAAAUCUUUAUGGAUAUACAUUUUCAAAAAUAAAAAUCUUCUAAAUAUUUCCAGCAGACUUGGUAAUAAUAGUUCGCAGACACUAAAGGCAACUAAUUACAUGAACCUGUUGUAUUGUGAGGGAAAUUCAGUUCCAUUCAGCUGGAGAAUUAAGGAUUAUCUGGAAGAAAUUUCAGCACAGUACAUCGAUAGCGUAGAAGGUCCCGAGAUGAAGUUUGUAAAUAUGUUUAGCAAAGAGCCUUUGGGACAGUAUAUAUGUAACAUGGAGGGAAAUGACCAACAAAAGCUGUUCCAGUGCUACAAACGAGACUUUUUGCUUCUGACUGUGAAUAUAUCCUCCAGGGAGGAACUCAAGUUUCUAGAAAUGUUGCUUUCCGCUUGUAUUGAUGAAUUUACAAGAAAUAAAGACGUGGAAGAGCUGACACUCCCAUGGGUGCAUCUCGCUUAUCACCAUUUUCAGCACAGGUUCCAGAUAUUCUCUAGGAUUGUAGCGAUCAGCCCAUCCGUUCUGGAGAGGAUGAACGAAGGAUUCGAAGAGAUGGAAGAGAUUCUAACCAAUCAGAUGGCUAUUGAUAUAUGGGCUGGAUUUGAAUGCUUAGACAUUUUGGAAGCCACCAUUCUGGACCCGAACCCUCAAGCAUGGUUGAAUGAAGUAAAAAACCUGCAGCUGCCAAUUGAACUCAUUUGCUCAGAAAAAUACUUAGAAGGGGGCAGUGACUGGUGCAUAGAAACAGUUGAGAAAAUAAGAACCCGGUGGCAUUGUAUCUAUGCCAUGGCAUUAUUUACAGAACAUGUCAUUUUGGAUGAGAAGCUGCAGAACCCAGAGACCCAGCAAAAACUGAAAGAGCAAACUAUUAUGUUUGGCCAGCGAAUCAAAGGCUUUCCUGACAUAAAGUCACUUGAUCCUUAUAAGGCAGUGAUUGAGGUUCUUCAGAGGAGCAGAGAGGCAGUAGCUGGAUCCCUUUCCAGGGAAGACAAUGUUCAGUUUCAGCAAAACUGCAAUGGAUUCUUCAUUGACAUUCUAUGUACUCGGUUCUUUGAAGGCAACUCUCCCCCAGACAAAGAAGUUGUCCAUCAGCUGCUUUCUUCUCUUUUCAUAACUGGUUCAGCUAAAGGCGCAGAUUCCCUCUCACCGUUUACUGGUGGAUAUCAUGAAAACCCCUCUGUCCGAUCCGUGAUCCUGAAGAUUCUACUCAAGUACAGCUAUGAAGAAACACUGAAAUCUAUUGAAGACCACUUGAUCAGAAGUCAGAGGAGCAAGAUGACCACGGCUGAGGACACCACUGAAAUACACACGCUUUUUAUCAACUGCCUUGAGGACUGUAUGUAUGAAAGAUUCCAAGCUCUGCGGGAGGAAGACAAAUUGCUUUACCUAAAAGACCAAGGUGAAUUUCUAGAAGACUUCCUGCAAAAUGGCCGCCAACCCAAUUCCCUGGAGACUGUGGUUGGGUUCCUACAAGAUCUUGCCAGGGUUAGGUUUGCCCUGAAUGCGGCUGCGGAACUGAUCUCUGAAACAGACAAUGAUGAGAAUGAGAAGAGGGAGUUUCUGCGACACGUACAGGAUUUAUGUGAGCGAUCGGCCAAUGACUGGUACCGAGUGUAUUUGAUCCGCAAACUCGGAAACGAAUCCGGAAGUGAAUACGUCCAAAAACUUAGUACAGAUGACAAAUUUCGAUGGUUAUUCCCACCUCGGGUCUUCGGGGCAAAGAAGGAAAGCGCUAACCAGCUCGACCGAUUUUUGGUGCAUAAGGACGGUUACAGGGACUUAAGAGAAGGUGUUGGAGAAACCGUUGUUUCAAGGAAGGAGGAAAGUCUUCAGCAAAGACUGGAGCGGAGUGAAAGUUCUGCCCAGGAACAAGCCGCUUACCUGCUCCUCGCCAUUUUCAGUGAAGUAACGAUGAGAUACAGAGACACAAGAACGGCCGAUAUUCAUUACGAUAAUUUGAGCAUUUUCAUUCAAAAUGCCAACAUUCUCCAGGAACAGUCUAUUCAGCAAUUUGCCCAAUCCCUGCUAAGGAACGGCCGGCCCUUAGCGAGAGUUGCUCCCGACAUGACAAGUUCUCAGUACGCCAUAGUGUCCCUGGCUGUACAUCUUGGCGCGGUGCUACUGAGCGGAGAUAAUGAUCUGUUUAAGCCGCUGAGGAAUUUGGCCUUUUCCCCUGAUAGAAUGCAGAAAUCGUACCUGCCGACUAUGCCAGAGGGCAUGCUGAGCAAAGCUAGACAAGUAGUGGGGAAUGGAGAACCGUUAACGUGGUAUGUCUGUGACAACAACCAUUAUGUUCCAGUUCCAGGAUGUGGGAUGCCGCAGAGCUACGCCCGGUGCCUGGAAUGUGGAAUUCAACUGGGGGGCACUGACCACAGAACAUUUAUAGGAAUGAGGAGGCUUGAUAACAGGCAGGACAUUGACGAGACAGGACAUAUUUUGGGGUCACCUGAAUAUCCAGUGUCAGUUGCAGCAGAAGACAGAGGCAUGACUCCACCUGUUUUUAACGUAUUGCGGCUGUUGACCCACCUGGCGAUAUUACUGGGGGCGGAACAAAAUCUAGAGAACGUGAGGACCCUCGUGAAACCAGGGGUGGGAGAUAUCGGGACGUUCCUUUUCCGGCAUCUAGAGAAAAACCUAGAACAAGUCAAGAACUCCCUUGGGGAAAGCGUGGAUAAUACGGCCACUGUCCUCCAUCUUGUUCUCUGCAGGAUGCUCACUAUUUCCAACAAUCAACCUGCCAACUCUCGUUCAUCUUUCGAUCAUACUCUGUCAACAAAGCAGGCGAGAAGCAACUGGGAGACAAAUAUGGCGGCAUCGGUCAUUGCUCCUGUCCUUGCGAAUUUAAACCAUGAACUCGGUGCCAUCAAUAAUUACAUUAGGAACGACGCGAGAAUAAGUUCCGACCCAAUAAUCAGAAUCAUAUAUGGGGGACUGUGGCGUAACAAUGACAUUGUGGCACUGCCAAUAGAUGGACUCAUUCCCUACCCCAAAAUAUGGAGCUGCAGGGCAAGAAUCACUGUUGGGCAUCUUCAGCAUUUGGUUCAGCAGAGGGAUGGGGGGAACAAUCUGCCAAUGCUGUCAACGUUUCUGGAGAACGAAAGUGAACUCCGCCUGGUUAAGUUCCUACCAGAAAUCCUAAACCUUCAGAAAGAGUUGGUGAAAAGAUUCCAGAAUUGCCGAGAUGUGAGCAACCAGACAAUUGGGGGCUUUUUAGCCAGCAUAACUGUUGAUGGCGCUCGACGUGUGUUUGAGAAGAGAAUACAAAUCUUCCUGUUUACAUGGAAUUGUCUAAGACAUUCUCUUCUUAUGAAAGGGGAAAUAAAACUCCCAGAAGAAGCCUGUGCCAAUGACCUUACCCCAGUGAGUGAUUUUGAUAUUCUGCUUCCUAGUCGGCAAGGACAGGGUCUCUGUGCCACAGCCUUGGUCAGCUAUCUCAUCGCUCUGCACAACAGCCUGGUUUAUGCUGUGAGGCGCUUCACCAGAGAUGAGCAGACAUACUCUAUUGGGGCAGCUGAAGUCAUGGACCUACAUGUGAUCAGUUAUGAGGUGGAAACAGAUCUGAUGCCGAUAAUUCUCUCCAACUGCCAACACAACACCCAGAGUGAUGGGAAAGCCUUAGAGGAGAUUGAUCUGCAAAGGAUCCAGCGUCAGAUCAUUAGCCGUUUUCUCCAAGGCAAACCUCGUAUUACCCUUGCGGGGCUGCCCACCAUUGUCCACUCCCAAGAUCGCAACUAUGAGAACAUAUUUAGAGAUGUGAGGGCCAAAGUCUUACAGGAACCUCUGACAAACUCAGUGAUAGAAAACAUAAGCAAAGAUCUGGAUUUGUACAGCGAUGUCUGCGAUGCGCUUCAAAUCAUUGAGACAAUGUUGGGGUUCUUAGCAACGUCUGGGGGCAAUCCAGAUCUCCCGCUGACCGCUUAUGUAGAAGAUGUCCUACAGAUGAAGGAUCAGAGCGAAGAGAACAUCCUGGAGGCGCUGAAGCAGUGUCAGUUGAAACACACAAUCUCACUAUGGCAGCUUCUCACCGCAUUACAGUCGGAGCAUCGCAUACACCUUAAAAACGAUCCAUUUGCAGAUCUGGAUGAAGGGUAUAAGCAGGAAUUAGAUGAGGAGAGCCAGAAGCUCCUGACUGCGUUCUUGGCGCAACAUGGACUCAAUGUCUUCCUUCUGGAAUUACAUGAAACGAUCAUCUUAAAGCUCAAGAAGCAACGGGGGGCCAAUGAUUUCCCACCUGCAUGGGGGUUAAGAGACGUUCUGGGCCCAUUGCUUGAUGGGAAAGAACAACCAUUCCCAGCGCUGGAGGAGGAUUUCCCAGAACAGAUCUGUUUGGCUCACUGUGCCGAGAGUUGGAAGGUGGCGGCCGCCAUGAAGUGGAAACGCCAUUGAUGCUCAAUGCUACUAGGGCGAGUAGCAUUAGAACCUGGAGUUUAAUUCUUAGAUUGAAAAGAUAUAGAAAAAAAUGUGUUUGAGUGACUGUUUCCCCUUUAAUUUGAAAUUUGAUAUGGAAGAUUU